AUGGGUCCUGCAAGAGUGCAAGCAGCGAGUCGCCAGACGCGAUCACCCCGUCAUCUUGUCCUGGGCAAGGGCAAAGCACUAUGGACGGCACAUAAAAAUCAGCAGCUCCGUGCCUUGAGAGACGCUGCUGUCGAUGACGAUAAUACUGGGGACGAUGGUCCACCAAAGCUGCCUCCCGGCCAGGAACAGCUCUUCUCCCUGUACGCGCCUGCACUGGUAGCCGGCUCACAUACGAUCUCGGUCCUGCAGAGUAUUACGCCGCCAGAUGGAGCGACAGACAGCAAGCCGCUGCACUUGACGUCGUCCAAAGACUUCGACGUGAUCGCGCCGAGAUUUUGGCUGCCCACCAGCGACAUCCACUCCGUCUACCCCCCUCAGGGACAUGCGGAUCACAACAAUAUUCUCCCGCACAUGGUCUUCUCCGACGAGCAUCUGCCGUGGGAGCGAUCCGUGUCCACCAAGGUUGAGUCGCCGGAACGGAGCCGCAUUCCCUGGCUUGCUCUCCUUGUCUUCACUCAGGAUGAGCUGCGACUCAAACCCGAGGAGCUGGCCGGAGAUUCACGCAUCUUCCCCUCUGAUGUCGUCCAAAGCACCACUCUCAGCGUAAGCAUGACGCUGAACGACAUCUGGAAAAUGGUGGGCAAGAAUACCGUUAUUUCGCCCGUCAUACAGGACGACCCGGUAGAGAAGAUCGAUCCGGUGACGGCGAGUACCAAAGCGGAUUUCAUUUUCGUCACAAAAGACCACAUCGAUGCCCUGUUUCGGUCCUACAAUGACGACGGCUCCCGCAAGGUCGAAAGUGUUCCGGAUCUGGUCAAGUAUAAGUACCUGUCUCACGUGCGGAACAUCAACACAGAAGGCAUGACCAAUGUCGGAAGCGUGGAUGAGUUUGGUGAGGCUGUUGAUCAGCUAUUCAGUGUUGUGGUUGGGCAUCGGACCGGCCCAUGGAACUCGAAGUCACCUACGCCAGUUGUCGUUCACCUCGUCACUCUGGAAGGCGUCGAACCAAGGAUCGACUUGUCCAAGCUACCUAGCGAGCCGGCUUCGUACGUGAGCUUAUGCUCUCUCUACAGUUGGACGUACCAGUAUCUGCCAAACGACUCGAUCAACUUUUACGAUGCCAUGGUUCAUCUUGGAAGCACAUAUCAACCCCUCAGGGCAGUGCCUCCGAAGCCAUCGAAUGACGCGAAGUCGGCAAACGUAGCCACCCCAGCGGCAACACAAGUGGCAGCUCGCAUGAACGACGGCUACACACUAACUCGCUGGCGAGUGAAGUCUGGUGAAACAACCGCCGCCAUGGUCCGGGGCCCCUUCGUUCCGACAAGUGUGCCCCGAAAUCCGCAGGGCUGCCAGUCCACUUUCUCCACCGAUCUCCAGAUCCUAGACAGGCAGACCGGCAUCAUGGACAUCUCGUACAGUCUGGCGUGGCAGCUCGGCAAGACAAUGGCCAUCGCCGACCAGGCCUUCACCGCCGCCGUUGCGAGACUCCGCGGCAUCAUCCACGACCGAGCGACACAGGCCCUCAAGGGCGUCGCACUGGGAGCCAGGCGAAAGACGGCCGUCGACGUCGUGGCCAACCUUCAGAGAGACGUGGCACUGCUUGGCAACCUCCACAAGAAGAGUGAAGGCCACACCUUGGAUCCCGUGCGCAAAUGGAAGCGGACAUCAACCAAGCCUCUGCCAAAGCUUGGUUUCUUCGACCCAACUAUCCAGGACAAUUUUCUCGAAGAGGCAAAGAAGGUGGCCAAGCAGCUGGCUUCGAGUCUUGACGCCCCAGAGGACAAUUACUGGUUCUAUAAUGAGCACAAUCGGCCUUUCUCGACCGACUGGGCUCUCAUGCUCAAGUGGAUCCUCGACCGCAUGUACUUCGUCGGUCUUCCAGCGCACUACCUCAUCGCAGACCCUGCGCAUCUUCCAGCCGAGAGCCUUCGGUUCUUUUCCGUCGAUGCGAACUGGGUCGAUGCUUUCGUCGACGGGUCCCUGUCAAUAUGCUGUCAUCUUGAACCUCAAGACGAUGAUAUUCGAACUGCCAUCAAAGGGACAAUUGAGGAGUUCCGCAAGACGCCGGACCCAGUGCUGGGCUACGCUCCGCAGAUACCCACCUACGGGUUUCUUCUUCGAUCUGCUGUUGUCAAAAUGUUCCCCGACCUCAUCGUAAAGGCGCCACCUGCGACGGGCAGUCCACCCAUUCGAGCCAAGAUGGCAGCAAUACUGCGCCAAGAGAACAUUGACGAACAAGUCAUGCUCGUAUUACUUGACCGACAACCCGGAGAUGGACUCUUGGGUGACUUGACCAUUAGUCAGCCUCCUCACCAGCAGUGCUUCGCCGCAGCAGUGAACGUUGGCCUCGACACCACCAACAAUGAGAAUCUGUUUGAAGUAUCGUAUGACCAGAUUUACACCACAACAAACCAGCCGACCGGAGAAGCUCGGAAAACCAAGCUUUCUAGCCACAGAUUCUACCAAGAGCCAGGCAAACCCUGCUUGGUGUUUGACUUCGACAGUAGAAUGAUGAUUGUCCAGAACUAUGCAGAGAACGUACUAUCCACUGUUCAACAGUACCUGACGAAGGAUCAGUUUUCCGACACGGUCGCAUCUGCCGCUCUCAUGGGCAUCCAGCUGAACGAUCCCACGUACCAGUUAAGCUUCGACCUCUCCCAGCAGACAAAGCUCACAGCCAGCACGGAGCCUGCAGCCGUGAGGCCUGUUGCUCCCAGCUCCGGCAUGAAGCCUAAGAAGCCACGGCGGGUUCGCCAACCUCGAGACGCUGGUAGGGAGCCAUCAGAACUCAGCACCAAGAUAUCCUAUGCGAUUCACAGCGCCGCUCGGAAGCAUGCGUCCACGAAGACCACCGCCGAGCACCAUCCUCGGGCCCCGGCGCCGCACGCAAAACUCCUCGGAGUCAGCUCGGCACCGGAACAUCUCGGACCGUUGCGUACGACCCCCGCCGGCACGGUGCCCAGAAUCCCCGGAGCGGCCCUCACGAUCACCUGCAAGGUCCACGGCCAGACGUCGGCCACCAUCGCCACCAACACGGGCUACAGCGUCGAUCUCGUCUUCGCCGCGCAGAUCACCGGUGACGUCCAGUGGCUGAACACGAACGGCUUCCUCUUCACCGGCGUCUUCAUCUACCUCCCCAUCUACUCGGCUCCGAGCAAGACGACGACAGGCACUUCUUCUACAUCUUCUUCUUCUUCUUCGUCGUCUCCACCACCCGCGGCGGGCAAGUUCAUGACCUCGUACCGCGGCAGUGGGUCGCGCAUGCUGGCGAACCUGCGCUUCAACCCGCUGCUUGUUCCCAGCUCGGAUCUGCUCUGCGCGAGCCUGUUCCCGCGCACGGCGAGCGGCGGCGUCGACCUGAAGGCCAGCGGCUUCGAGAUGGGCUUCAUCCUCAAUGAGGUCGAUAUCGCGCCGUACGCGAAACCCCAGCUGCCGCUGAAGAUUGCCUUCAUGGAGAGAUACGUCAACACGGCCGAUCCUCAGCGGAAGCCGAUCUACGUGAACAGCUCCUUCUUUGUGACGCUGGCCCCGUCGUAG